GAUACGCUGAACAUGAAGAGAAGCCACAGUUUCCAUUUCGGGUUUUUCUCGGCCCUGGAGAUUGAAAGACGGACGGCGCCGGCCCGGCAUCAGAACAAAGUAGAAGACGUGCUGCUGAAAAAGAAACUCGAGCAGCUGAACAGAGAAAGAAAACUGACUCUCAACGACAUCAAAAGGUCCAGGGACAAACUCAAGUGUAAACAGAGAGAGCUUCCCCCGCCUUUGAGUUUAUAUGAGGUAUAUGACGACGACGUUUUUUCCGAGGAUUCGGGAUACGACUCUGAAGUAGCAGCGGCCGCAGCUAGAUCAACGGCCGACGUAAAGAUUCUCGUUGACGAGAGUGGAGAUCUAGAGAAUAUUGCUACGUGUGUUUCCAGCAGCGAUCGUGGACGUAGCAGCGGUAUCGUUACUGAUAUUUCACGUCCGGGUAGCGGCCUUCCGCCGAUAGCCAGUCCAGAACCACUCGCCCGGCGUUCUCCAGAGUCGAGCAGGCGUGAAGAGAGGGCCGGUGGGAGGCCCGAUGACUCCCGACAGGGCGGACUGAAAGAGGAGAGGUCCUCAACACCAGGUGAAGAGGCGGUGAAGGGCGCAGAGCCUGGGAAUGCAGGAACAAGCGUUGCCAACAUACAGACAAAACAAACAACGGACAUAAAAAGCAACCAGCUAACUGUCAGCUAUGGACAGAAAAAUCCCCUGACUACACCAAGACAAAUCCACCGACCCAAUGUAUCGGAUGCAAACGUAAAAGGCAGCCAUCCUGACUCAAGAGAAGAACACGAAGAGGUGUCAAAAGCAGACAUAUACAUGAAAACACCGCCAUAUUCCUUCUCCCCUAUUGAACGCCUGCGCCUCUCGCGACACACGGCAGGGAGAAAACUCCGUCCGUCCACCUCGCAGAUGUCCAGUAUUCUGAAGAACCCUGACAAGCCCGGGAUUUACUCGAGCGCUUACACCACCCAACCUCCCAUCUGGAAAAUCUCACUCCAAGAACUCUCCCCAGAGUUCCGCAAAAUUGCGUUCGGUAGAAGAAACAAACGCAAAGACGCCCUCGGAAAGAAACUCCCUCGCUUGGGUACAAGUCAGAGUGAGAAAGAGUUUCACACGAGGAAGAGGAAAAGUUUCAUGUACGCAGGUGCGCAGUCACAGCCUCAAGAGAACGUCCAGCCGUCAUCUUACAGAGUUCUACGUAAUAUUCAAGUCUUGAAGACGUCGGCUUUGGACAGAAAGUGGCCUGAAGAAAAGGACUUCGUGAAAGAAGUCUUGAAGGAAAGAAAGUCGUGGAACUUGGAGAAACAGCUACGAGGUAGGGUGGAAGACUUCUUGAAGAAAGAUCACUAUGUUUCCACAGACAGUCUCAAAAAGGACGAAGUAGAAGAAAACUUGGAGAAGUUGCGAAAGAUCUUGUCAACCAAAUAAUUUGGACUUUAUUUCUUACCUCGAGCUUGUCCUAAAACAAGCGGACUGUCACCAGA